AUGGCGCAAUCAUCUGAAGAAUUGAACCGAGUUCCAGCCAUCGGAUGGGCGGCCACAAACCCAUUCACACCUCUAGUUCCCUACCAUUUUUAUAGAAGAACAACCGGAGAAAAUGAUGUUACUUUCAAAGUUCUGUUUUGUGGGAUAUGUCAUACAGAUCUUCUUCGAAUUAAGAAUGAAUGGGGUCAUCGUAACAUUUACCCCAUGAUUCCCGGACAUGAAAUUGUCGGAAUAGUGACCGAAGUUGGCGUAAAUGUAACUAAAGUAAAGAUCGGUGACAAUGUUGGUGUUGGAAGUAUGGUUGAUUCUUGUCUUUCUUGCCCAAAUUGUAAUCAAGGCCAAGAAAACUAUUGCCUUGGUAGAACUUCCACUUAUAAUUCUAGAAUGACAAAUCCUGAUCCUACUUACGGUGGAUUUUCAAAUAUUAUGGUUGUAAAAGAACAUUUCAUCAUUAAAAUACCCGAUGCUUUGCCUCUAAAGAAUUGUGCACCACUUCUUUGUGCUGGAAUCGCAGCUUAUAGCCCUUUGCGAUUUGCCGGUUUGGAUCAACCAGGAAUGAAAAUCGGUGUAGUUGGACUUGGUGGUAUAGGGCAUUUUGCGGUUAAAUUCGCUAAGGCUAUGGGUGCUCAUGUUACCGUUUUCAGUAAUUCUCCGGCAAAAAUUGGCGAUGCUGUUGAACGUUUUGGCGUCGAUAAUUUCAUAAUCACGGAUGAUUUACGACCGGAUAUUUUCGGUACACUUGAUGGAAUAAUUGAUACUAUCCCUUGUCGACACAAUGUAAGUCCAUUUAUCAGCUCUUUGAAACCAUGUGGAGUUCUUGUGUUUCUUGGUAAGAUGAAAGGAAAUCUUGAACUCGAUGCAUUUUCUAUGCUUCAAGGGAGAAAGAUUAUUACUUCGAGUUUUAUAGGCGGAAUGAUGGAGACGCAAGAGAUGAUUGAUUUUGCUGCGGAACAUGGUGUAAUGGCGGAUAUUGAACUUAUUCCGAUCGAUUAUGUAAACGAGGCAAUGAAACGUUUGGCUAAGGGUGAUGUUAGAUAUCGAUUUGUUAUUGACAUUGGAAAUAGUCUCCACUGAAUUCUUUUCUUUUUAUGUUUUGGAAUUUGGAAAAUUUAAUC